AAAAGCAUGGUCUUCUGAUCAUUGUGUCAAAUAAACGGUUGAGGGGCAAUGGAGGAUGAAAGACAAGGAAAUGGACGAAAUGUGGCUGCUAUAGAAAGUCCAGAAAGUAGUUCGAAUACAACCAUCCCAGCAUCAUCACAUAUAACAACAUCUACAUUGACAAUCAUUUCAAAUAAUGUCAAUAAUAACAAUAGUAGUAACAAAGAACAAGAUCGUUUUCUUCCUAUAGCUAAUGUUGGAAGAAUCAUGAAGAAGGUCAUCCCAGGAAAUGGGAAAAUCUCAAAGGAUGCAAAAGAGACGGUUCAAGAAUGCGUAUCAGAAUUUAUUAGCUUUGUCACUGGAGAAGCAUCAGAUAAAUGUCAGCGUGAGAAGAGAAAGACAAUCAAUGGUGAUGACAUCAUUUGGGCAAUCACAAUUCUUGGGUUUGAAGAUUAUGUGACCCCACUCAAACAAUAUCUUAAAAAAUACAGAGAAUUAGAAGGUGAAAAGCUAAAUGUUCCAAAGCAACAACGUUUGGAACCACACCAACAACAUGAACAGAAGCCAACUUUUUCAUAUAGCAAUGCAUAUUCUCCCACUGGUCUUGUUCCUCGGGCUUUAUUUAUCCCUGCAGAUCAAUCCUUUCCUUUGUCCUUUUCCCCUAACUCAAUCCAGUCACAAUUGCCUAAACAAGAACAUGUUGAUUCAAUGGGACACUGGUCAUAAAACAUAGGAGCAAUAAUAUGUUUUCUUUAUUUUUCCCUUUUAAUAUAUAUUUUAUAUAUAAUGCAAUGUAAUAUAGAACUUAACAAAAGAGUAAAUAUGUGUAAGAAUUAAAUGAGCACAUAAAAUGUUAGUAUAUAACGAACAUAUUACUCCCUCUAUUUAAAAAAGAAUGACCUACUUUCCUUUUUAGUCCGUUUUAAAAAGAAUGACCCCUUUCCUUUUUUAGCAACUUUUUAUUUUCAACUUUCCACAUGGCAUGUUUAAGACUACAAGAUUGAAUGGUAUUUUGGUACAUUUGACAUAUCUUUAAUUUAACACCACAAGAUUCAAAAGUCUUCUUUAUUUUCUUAAACUCUGUGUCAAUUCAAACUAGGUCAUUCUUUUUUAAACGGAGGGAGUAUUGUUAAAAAGGACUGGAAUUCUUUAGGUCCAAGUAUUUAUCCAUUAGAGAAAUAUAUUUUUGGUUUACUUUUAUUUGUUUUGUAAGAAAUACUUUUCCUAUGAUAUACUUAAUUACACAGACUUUUUUAAUUA